GUCUGCGCAAUUGGGGAGUUGUGCGCGUCCACGAACGCGAUCGCUCUAUACCACGUGUUUCCGACAUAUUGGAACACCCGGAAGAGUUAGGAGCGAUCCUAAAAGGCAUAUUUAUAUGUUGGUUAACUAAAUACUUGCUGCGGUCGCUUGUAUCACAUAGUCGACAGUUUUGGAAUAGACUAGUGUUAUUUUUUUGAGUCGAGACCAAAACUGAGACUUUGCGUCAGUCAUCUUUGUACUCCUUCAUAAACAGCGUUCUUUGCGCAGGCUCCUGUCAAUGCAAAGAUGGCGGCCUCCUUGCUCGGAAGGACAGGCGUUAGAGUUGUGAGAGCUGGGCUCAGGGUACAGCACCUAUGCAGCGGUUCUUCUUCCAGAGUGAAAUCGGACUACCCAAGCAUUGUUGAAUCCCAUGAUGAAUAUCGCUUUGUAGAGAGGCUUAUCCCUCCGACACAAGUCCCAAAACCCCCAAAACACUCCACUCCUCCUCCUUCAGGAUGGAUUCCACCAAAAGAUUCACCUCCAGAACUUCCGUAUUUUGUACGACGUUCUCGGAUGCAUAACGUCCCUGUCUACACAGACAUCACCCAUGGCAACCGUCACAUGACCAUCAUCCGCAAGAUAGAAGGGGAUAUAUGGGCCCUGGAACUGGAAGUGCGAAAUUUUCUGACACAACUGACUGGGAAAACUCCUCCUACGCAAGUCAAUGAGAUUAGUGGUACAAUCAGAAUAAAAGGAUACCAUGAUAAAGAACUGCAGACAUGGCUAGCAGAAAAGGGAUUUUGACUGAGAAGAAUGUGACUAUUGUUUGGGGGUUUUUUUACGGAUGAGAAAUCUGAAGUGCAACAAGAGUAACGCACACACCAGAAAAUACUUGCUGCUGGAAGGGAACAAACCUUAUGAUUCUGAACAUUAUGAAAAUAAUCCAUAAUAUCUGUACUACAUUGUUUUCAGGAAAUAAAUUAUGACACCUUU